GCCAACCUGGCAUCCCAACUCUAGCAGGCUCGGCUCCUUUUUCUCUAGUAGGCGACUCGAGGAGUAGGUCAGGCUUUAUCGACACGGCAACGCAAAGCUGGCUGCGUUAGCGCUCAACAGUUUAGGGCUGCAUUUCGAAGUCUGCAUCCCUGCAGUGUCCCCCGCUGGUGCCGCCGCCGCCUCCUGAAAACGUGGUUUGGCAUCGGGCCGUGUAAUUCGCCCGCAAGCAAGCGUUUGGCGCCCGGUUGAUAGAGUAAUGGUGGUUUCUGGCGUUAUUUGAAGUUGGCGCGAAGAGCCGAAGGUGGCGGGAAGUGGUGUCAGAAUGCCAGUGGGCACUGGGCAGCAGGCCCGGCCUAGGGGGGCUCUCUCCUCGCCACUUAGGAGUCAUAUUCUGUUCUUAGAAAUUUAAGCAUGUGAGACAUUCUCUUUCUUUGAACUAACUAGUCUAAAAUGACCGCUUCGAAACAUUCUGGCAACAAGCCCCGCCCACUCUAGAACCUCUGUAUUGUUUCUGAAGUAUCGCAGCGCUGCUGUCCGUUUUAAAUGGAACUGCUGUCCUGUUUCCAAAUGGCAAUCAUGUUUGUGGGGGCCAGCUGUGAAGUGAAGCGGUGAGAAUUCACUAGACGCAAGAUACUCCUGCAAGCUUGCCGCAGCGCCAGAAUGACACGCAACAGCCCCCAGGACAGGUGUAAGGCUGUUUGGCUGAUCUUUUUCAUACUUGGACUUGGAACACUUUUGCCAUGGAAUUUUUUCAUUACAGCUGGGAAGUACUUUAACAGCCGACUAAAAGAGGAGGCCUACAACAAUGUAUCCUCUAUUGAUCACCUUACUAAUGUGAAUGUCACGGAGAAGGGGGAAGCUCCUCCCACGUACCUGCAGUCCAUAUUCAACAAUGUGAUGACGCUCUGUGCCAUGUUGCCUCUACUCAUCUUCACCUGUCUCAACUCCUGCCUCCACCAGAGGAUCCCUCAGCAGGUACGGAUCCUAUGCAGCUUGGUGGGCAUCCUGUUGGUCUUCAUGAUAACAGCUAUCCUGGUGAAGAUCUCCAUGGAGCCUUUCCGUUUCUUCGUCAUCACCAUGGUCAAGAUAGUCUUCAUCAAUUCCUUUGGUGCCAUUCUCCAGAGCAGCCUCUUUGGACUGGCAGGGCUCCUGCCUGCCAGUUACACAGCACCUAUUAUGAGCGGGCAGGGCCUUGCAGGGACAUUUGCAGCUCUGGCCAUGAUCUGUGCUAUUGCCAGUGGUUCUAAACUGGAAGACAGUGCCUUUGGUUACUUCAUUACAGCCUGUAUAGUGAUCCUAGUGGCCAUUGGCUCCUAUAUUGUGUUGCCUCGUCUGGACUUCUUCCGUUACUACUCGAUGAAGGACAAGACAAAGUAUCAGACCCAUGAUGCCUACUCGGAGAUGGAAACCAAGGAUGACCUCAUCAAGAAAGAUGACCUCAAUGGUGUAGAACAGAAACACACUGUGAAUGGAGCCUCCCAUGCGCCAAGCCACAACUCUUCAGUCCUCAGCAUUUUCAAAAAGAUCUGGGUCAUGGCUGUGUCUGUUUGCUUAGUUUUUACUGUCACUAUUGGCGUUUUCCCAUCUGUCACUGCUGAUGUAAAAUCAACCAUUGCAGGAGAGACACUUUGGGAGAAAUAUUUUAUCCCAGUCUGUUGUUUCCUGAUGUUUAAUGCCUUCGACUGGGCAGGACGGAGCCUUACUGCUUUCUGCAUGUGGCCUGGAAAGGAGAGCCGUCUAUUGCCCUUCAUGGUGAUUGCCCGUGUGGUCUUCAUCCCCCUCUUCAUGCUGUGCAACGUGCAGCCGCGCCACAACCUGCCUGUCUUCUUUGGCCAUGAUGCCUGGUACAUCAUCUUCAUGAUCUUCUUUUCCAUCUCCAAUGGCUACUUAGCCAGCCUCUGCAUGUGCUUUGGACCCAAGAAGGUGCUGUCCCAUGAAGCAGAGACCGCUGGAGCUGUCAUGGCAUUCUUCUUGUCGUUAGGCCUGGCCUUGGGAGCUGGCCUUUCAUUCCUAUGGCGACAUGUCAUCUAACAGACACACUCUGAAUGCGAUGUGGGUAGAGGACCAGCCCCACCUGUUCAGAGGGCACCGUACCACAGAGGAUUUUUUUGCCUGCUCCCCAGGAACUCACUGCCUUAGCUGACUUGAGCACUUCUUGGCUUGGAGUGGGGCUUUACCCUCGCUGGCCCAGCUCUUCUUCUGUGCAAUACCUCUCCCAUCUUUAUUAGUGCCAGCUAUGAAUGACCUCCACUUUCCAGGAUUGUGCCAGCCUUCCACUCCCAUUACACCAGGAUCUGUGUGUGUGCUGCCUCAGAAACCCAGGAUCAUUUGCUGUUCUCUUACACAAGGACUGCUGAAGACUGUCUGCCCUACUUUUACGCUUUUUACACUGUUGCACUCUCUUCACUGCCACAUAAAAGGGAUUCUGCCUCCGCCCCCGUUGCUUCAGCUUCCCAACCCUGCUUAGGUUGGAAGGACUUUCAUCCAAGCUUCAUUGGUAUCUGCUCUGCAAUUAGGAAAUCCCUCCAUUACGGCAAUAGUGCUGAAACAACUGAUUACAUCCAGAGCCCUGUCAAUCAGAUGGCAUGCCCUGCCUCUGGAAAGGAAUCUUUCUCUUGAGGUGCACUUCUGCCAUGCUCGAGCCACGUUGUUUCCCCCAGGCCUAACUGGUUUCUGUCUAUGAGGAGAACCUGAGCACCAGAUACAGAGGAAGAUCCUGGUUACUCCUGACCAAAACUGAUGGAAGUGCGAGUGUGUGCAUGUGAGGGAGGGAGUGCAUGUGAAUCUCUAUAUACGUAUAUGAACAAGCCAAUGAUGGACAGUAUUGCUUUGGUUAGCAGAGUUGUGGCACUAUUACUUUGCCUUUGUAAAUAUAUGUGUAUACUUGCCAUUUUGUAUACAAACUGAAUUAUGCCCUGAUUUUAAAACUCCUGUGUCUUUUGCAAAUUUCUACAUACAUUGUCACCAGGUGGCAGCACUGAAGGAGUACAUAUAGUGAGUGGAGUUCAGGAAAUGCUAAAGCAGAUGGGGACCCUGCCCCUGGUUGUUCACAGCAAAGGCUCAGGGCACUUGCAAUCAUUUCCCAGCUUGUCUUCUGCCCUCCAUGAAUUUAUAAACCUCAGGAUUGUCGUUAUUCUGUUUAUACUCUGUUUUAAAAUGGCAGUGCUUAUGAUUUUUUUUUUUUGAAAGCUUGUAGAAUGUGUGGAAGAUAUUUGUAUUAUUAAACAAGGAGACAUUAAAAGAAGGUCCUUUUUUCUUUUUAA